GGGACAUGCAGCUGAUUUUAAUUGACAAAGAUCAGUCUCUCUCUCUCUCUCUCUCUCUUUCCCUCUGUCUCUCGCUCUCUCUCUGGGAGAAGAGAAGACGAGAGGAAGCAUAAGCAGGGACACUGGAUAGCGGGAGAGGAGCAGGGACCAGGCAGAGUGAGAGAGUGUGAGAGAGAGAGAGAGGGAGAGAGAGGAGGAGAGGGGGAGGUAGAGCGGGAAAGGAAAGAGCAGACCAGUGCUGCAGAAUGGGGUAGAACGGAGAGGCAGAAUCAAAAAGAGGCCAGGAGAAUGACAAGGAGAGAGAGUGAGGAAGGAGGGAGGAGGUGUUUGGUUGAGGCUGUGGAAGUGGCAGAAGGAGACACAGAGAGACAAGGGAAGGAAGGAAGGAAGGAAGGAAGAAGGUUGUUUUGCUGUAAAAAUGGUCGGAAAUGAGGGGUUUUAGCUCAUUUAGCUCAAGACCAUGGGCGACAUGAAAACUCCGGACUUUGACGAUCUACUUGCAGCCUUUGACAUUCCUGACAUGGUCGAUCCCAAGGCCGCCAUCGAAUCCGGCCAUGAAGACCAUGAGGGGCAGCUCAAACAUAAUGUUCACCAUGACGAGGACUCCCAUGUUCCCUCGGCCCCAGAUGUUGGAGUCAGUGUCAUUGUCAAGAAUGUUCGCAACAUCGACGCUAAUGACCAAUCCCUUUCAGACAAGGAGGUCCAUCCCUCCGUUGGAAAUGGGAUGCACAAUGGGUUCAUCGGGUCGCCUAACCACAGGUUAAGCAAAGAGAGUAACAAGCUUCAAAAAAGUGGAAACCGUGGAACAGAAGUGGCUGGCUCUACAUUUAACCAGUUUAGUCCCAUUUCCAGUGCCGACGAGUUUGAUGAAGAUGACAAGAUUGAAGUGGAUGACCCUAUAGACAGGCAAAACAAUUUACCUUGUUUCAGACCAAAUCCUCUCACUGGACUUUGCUCUAAGCGAGAAGAGCUCUCUACACAAACCUCUAAGCCUGUUUCGAGUGAUGGCCCAUCUAAGCCAGGAACUAAUGGCAACCACAGCCAUUCAAAAAAUGAAAAUGGCAACACCAAUGGUACUUUGGGUAACUUGAAUAAUCCCCCGAAAUCGAGAAAAACAGAUGAGCAGCCCAAGGAGGUACUCAAGACCCAAGACGGAAAAGAAGCAAGGGAACCAGUUGUUGGCCUGAGUGUGACAAACCUCUCUCAAGCCAAGGCCAAGUCAUCAGCCAAGCUCUCAUCCUGCAUUGCUGCAAUCGCUGCUCUUAGUGCAAAGAAGGCCAGCACAGACUCAACAGCCCCUGAGCCUCUUGCCACUAAACAAGAGUCGCCCAGAGAGGCCAAGGAGAGCCCGAAGGUGACGGAGAAGCCUCCGGAGCAAGAGUCAGCUCUGGAGCUUGCCAAGAAGAUGCUCUCCAAACAACCUGAGAGCCCUUGUAGUGUUACUAGUGAGAACAGCAGUAAAGGGUCUCCCUCAUCCCCUGCUGGAUCCACCCCUGUCAUUCCCAAGGUCCGCAUCAAAACCAUUAAGACAUCUUCUGGCCAGAUUAAAAGGACUGUCACCAGAGUGCUGCCAGAGUUUGACCCUGAAGGUCUAAAGAAGGGUAUUGACUCAGGAUCCAUUGUGGUAUCCUCCCUCUUAUCCUCCCCAACCUCAUCCUCUGCUUUUUCAUCUUCUGGUCGAACAACACUACCUACCACGGUGGUAGCGACUUCUGCAGGCUCAGCCAUUGAAGUUACUAAGCAAAUGACCAUCAAACCUGUCGCCACUGCCUUCUUACCAGUCUCUGCAGUCAAGACAGCCGGUUCCCAGGUUAUUAACUUGAAACUAGCCAAUAAUACAACAGUAAAGGCUACGGUCAUUCCUGCCGCAUCCGUUCAGAGUGCCAGCAGUGCCAUCCUCAAAGCUGCCAAUGCUAUUCAGCAACAAACUGUCAUGGUGCCUGCUUCUAGCCUGACCAACACUAAACUUGUGCCAAAGACUGUCCACCUCACCAACUUGAACCUCCUUCCCCAGAAUGCAUCGGCCUCGGAGCUCCAUCAGGUCCUGUCCAAGCCUCACUCCAUUAAACAAGCCAUGAUGGCCAGCCAACCUCCUAAGAAAGUAUCCCGGGUGCAAGUCUUGGCCAGCUCCCAGAGUUCAGUCGUUGAGGCCUUCAACAAGGUCCUGAGCAGCAUCAACCCUGUGCCAGUCUAUGUGCCCAACCUCUGCCCCCCUUCCUCAGCAUGUAUCUCUCUACCAUCCCGUGGGUACAAGUGUUUAGAAUGCGGCGACUCGUUUGCUCUAGAGAAAAGCCUAACUCAGCAUUACGACCGGCGAAGCGUCCGCAUUGAAGUCACUUGCAACCACUGCGCCAAGAACCUGGUCUUCUACAAUAAAUGCAGCCUCCUCUCCCAUGCCAGAAGCCACAAGGACAAAGGGGUCGUCAUGCAGUGUUCCCACCUCAUUUUGAAGCCCAUCCCUGCCGAUCAGAUGAUACUGGCCCCAUCUGUGACCUCUAGCGCCCCCAUUUCCACAUCAAGCCAUGGUUCUUCUCCAGGAGGCAGUCAGGCAAAGAGUGACACAACAGUGAUUUCUGCACCCACUUCAGCCCCUGUAGUGGCUGCCAUGCCCCUGGACGAAGAUGCCUCCAGACUCUGCCGUUCAAAUCUCAAGUGCUUGGAGUGUAACGAAGUGUUUCAGGAGGAGUCUUCUCUAGCCAUGCACUAUCAGCAGGCUACUGAGUCAAGUGGACAGAAAACCUGCACCAUCUGCCAAAUGCUGCUUCCAAACCAGUGCAGCUUUGCCUCCCACCAGCGAAUCCAUCAGCACAAGUCUCCAUACAUCUGCCCCGAGUGUGGAGCCAUCUGUCGUUCCGUCCAUUUCCAGUCCCACGUCACCAAAAACUGCCUGCACUACACGCGACGAGUGGGCUACCGGUGUGUCCACUGUAGUGUGAUCUUUGCUGACGUUGCUGCCCUCAAGUCACACAUCCAGAGCGCCCACUGUGAGAUCUUCUACAAAUGCCCCAUCUGCCCCAUGGCCUUCAAGUCUGCCCCAGGCACUCACUCCCAUGCCUACACACAGCACCCAGGAGUGAAGAUUGGAGAGCCCAAGUUGAUCUACAAAUGCUCCAUGUGUGACACCGUGUUUACCCUGCAAACCUUGCUCUACACCCACUUUGAUCAGCACAUUUCCAAUCAGAAAGUGUCGGUCUUCAAAUGUCCAGACUGCUCCAUGCACUAUGCACAAAAGCAGCUCAUGUUGGAGCAUAUUAAGUCCACACAUGGCACCCUAAAGACCAUUGAGGGUCCUCCCAACCUGGGCAUUAAUCUGCCUCUCAGCAGCAAGCCUAUUAACUCCAUGACCCCCAGCUCCAACAGCAAAGAUGGUGGUGCGCUCAAUGGCCUAGAAAAGGGGGACAAGAAGCCCCCCUCCCCUAUCAAGAAAGCCAGUAAUGGCACCGAUCUCCUCAAAAAACCCCCGUCAUCGUCUGCGGCCUCCUCGUGCCCUGGCUGGACCUGCAAGGAAUGUGACCGGCUCUUCACCCAGAGAGAAGUUUUCAUUGCACAUAUGAAGAGAGAGCAUGGAAAGCAACUGAAGAAGCAUCCAUGUCGUCAGUGUGACAAGUCCUUCAGCUCCUCCCACAGUUUGUGUAGACAUAAUCGAAUCAAACAUAAAGGAGUUCGGAAGGUCUAUUCCUGUCCACACUGUCUGGACUCCAACCGCACCUUCACCAAGAGGCUGAUGUUAGAGAAACACAUUCAGUUGAUGCACGGCAUCAAGGAAUCAGAGGGAAAACCAGCAGUGGAGCCCAUCAGCACAGAGGAGUCCAACAAUAAAGACCAGGUACGCAGUCCGAAACGCAAGCUCAACUCCGACGGCGAAGCCACUGAAGAAGGAGAAGAGCGUGCUGAGAAAGACGGAGGCGCGGGGGUUCCCAGCCAGCGCUGCAGGGACUCAUCCGCACAGCCUCUGAAGAAACUGAAGGUGAACGUGUUCAAAACGCAUAAAUGCGCCGUGUGCAGCUUCACCACGGAGGACUUGGUGCGCUUUCACGAGCACAUUCCACAGCACAAGACCGACGGCUCGUCCUUCCAGUGCCGCGAGUGCGGCCUCUGCUACACCUCGCACCACUCCCUCGCCCGGCACCUCUUCAUCGUGCACAAGCUGAAGGAGCCACCGGGGCUCAGUCGCCAUAGCGACCAGCAGGAAAACAACCCGGCCCCGGAGGACACGCACGGCAUCCCGGACACGCAGUGCAAAGUGUGCGCCAAAACCUUCGAGACUGAGGGGGCCUUGAACACACACAUGCGGACGCACGGGAUGGCCUUCAUCAAGUCCAAGAGAUUGAGCGCAGCCGAAAAGUAAAACUGUGAGAAGGACGUUCGGAAUUUUUUUUGAUUACUUUCUGUUUUUUUUGAAAAUGUGAAAAAACAUAAGUAUAAGGUCAUCAUGGAGACAUUGUGAUGAGGUUACAUUGUCCAUUCCUUCUCUCUCUCUGGCCUCUUUGUAUGCUCACAUAUAAAACAAACAUAUGCAUAUAUAAAUACACAAAUAUAUGAGAAAUGUAUAAAUAUCGUACACACACACAAAGAAGUACUUGUGUGUUUAAAGAUAUGUAAUAUAUUGAAAGUGGAUUUAUGUGUAUUUAAAUAUCUAUGAGAACACAUUUUGUACACUUUAUGAUAGAUGUUUGUAUGGGUGUUGAAUAGAUCUUUUUAUAGGGAAUUUGUUUUGUUUUCUUUUGCUCUUCUAGACCGGUCUGUUGUGUUCUGAAUCGAGCAGAAUGUGUUAAACACAGUUCAGGCCCCACUUGUCUUGGGUUUGAAUUCCAGUUCAGAGUAAUCGGCAAAGCUCAAGUCCCUUAACUGCUGCUUGAUUGUGCAGAAUGUUCAAAUGUUCACUCCCUUUCAACCAGAUGCUCUUUUUUAGUCAUUAUUUUUUUAUUUUUCCUUUUGCUCUUGAAGGACAAUCAGUCCGUUUCUUUGAAAACGGACGGGACCAGUGUCUUGAGAAACAGUCGCUGCUCGAGUUGUUCACUUUAUUUUCUCGUGUCUGUUUUUGUUCCAUGAACUAAAUGUCACUUUUAAAUGAAUAUUUAUACCUAGAACAUAACACUACAGAUGAUAAAGUUGUUAUUUUAUCAGUUUCAGUGCUUCAGCCACUGCCAAUGGACCAUAAGAAACAUGUUUUUUUGAUGUCGGGGUGUUUUAGUGUUCAUUUUAGUGUUCUUUCAGAGCUAAACAUUCUUCAUAGCUGCAUUACAGCUCAUGGUUCGGUGUCUUUGGCCUUCGUUGAACACUAUGCUGUUUGUUUGCCUUUACUUUUUGUCACACCAGAUUAAUGUCUGGCUCCUUAGUUUUUAUCGGCUCAUCAGAAACUGUCAAAACUGAGGUUGCCAUGGUAACAGCUCUGCUUUUACUGACAGGGAGCAUAAUGAAAUACCAUACGUAUUGUAUGUUGUAGUAGAUGUGCUUUCUCCCUAAUACACACAUGCCCUCCUGAAUAUACACUUAAAAGUAAGGGUGCCAAAAAGCGUUCUUCAGGGCGAUGCUAUAGAAGAACCGCUUUUUGGUUCCUUCAGCCUUUCAAUGCAUACGUGAGUGAGACGCGUUAUUGUUAAGACCACUUUUGAAGAGUUUAAAGAAUCUCCAAGUAAUAUAAAGACUUUCUCUAGAACUGUUCAAAGCCAAGAACCAUUUAGGAACCAUUAUUUGUAAGAAUGUAGGUUUUCUCCAUUCCAAGUCCUUGAGGUAAAUUGGUCUAAAUUGGACUAAAGUAUUUAUAGUCUUUAGCAUAGUCAAGAACUUCUAGCACUUGAUUGCCAGAAGAACAUUAAACAUCAUCACCCUCUCUCAAUGUCUCACUGCAUUUGCCAGUCAUCGGUAAAGUUCAAGUACAUCGUUCUACUGAGUCAGCUUGUUCAACUGAAUCGCUCACAGUUUGAUUCUCAGAAGUUGCAGCCGAAGUUUUGCCAAGUUCAGUUGGACUUGCCUUUUUGAAACAAUGAAUGUCUUUAAAUGUGAAACUGGAAUCUUUAAAAAAAAUAAUAAUAAUAAAGUCACAGCUCAUAGACGUAGCCGUUUUUCAAUGUUAAACUGUUCACCAUUUCAGAGCCGUGAAAUAUUGUAUUAAGGAAAUACUAAGGAUUAAAAAAAACUUUAUUACAUCGCUUCAUGUUCAUUUGUUCUGAAUUUUCCACAGAAGACACACUUUAGAUGUAUGUUUUUUGUUUGUGUGUAUUUUUUUAUUUUUUUAAUCUUUUUUAUGUUUUUCAUUUUUGGAUAAAUGAACAUUUGUGAGGAUGCAUUUGUGCAUGGGAGAAGCCCUUUAUGGUGGUUGUUUCUUAGAAUGUCUUGCUGCUGUUCAAUAGACUUGUCCAAUGUUUGUGUAAAAAAGAAAAAAGGAAAAAAACAGCCAAUAAACAAUACGGAAAAUAAAAACGGUCUAAACUCGAAUGUACAAUGGUGUGGGUAGUGAUAAGUUACAUCACAAUACCUUUUUCUGAGCAUACAGUGGUUAUCGUCAGUACUUAAAGAACACUGGCUGCAUGUUUCAUUACAGAGAGAGCAUAUUGUUAUUGUUUUAUUGGAUUUAGUGCAGCGUAGUUGGACAUGUUGAAUAAAAAUCACUGUGUUUAUAGUUUUUCAUAGUAUUUUUUAAAUGCUGCUGGCACCACUGGUUCUUUUUUUGUUUAUUCCAACAAGGGCUGAACGAUUUUGGCAAAAUAUCUAAUCAUGAUUUUUCUGAUUUUUCGAUUACGAUUUAAAUUGCAACUGUUUUCUAUAAUAAAGAGAUAUUGGCUUUUUUUUUCUGGCUACGAAGACCAGAGGAUACUUUUUCUGGCCUGAAGCUUGAAUGCUUAACACAUUGCGAUAAUCUGGCAGUAAUUUGUGGUUGUAACUUCCAGCACAUGGAUGUUUGGUUGCUUCUGAUUAGUUGAAUUCAUCUGAAAGCAGUUCACAAGCUUCAUGUUAUUAGGUUAAAUUUUCCUACUUAAAACUUGCGAAAUA